UUGAAAGCGACUGUGCAGCCUCUCGGUGUCUCGCUCUCUCUCCGAAUUACGUAUUUCUAUCUCGGCGUUUUAUUAGUCGUGUUAAAUUCUUGGUGGCGGAUGAUGAUACUCGAUUAAAUCGAAACAUGGGGCUAACGCUAAGAGUAAUGAUACUCUUCAUGAUGUUUUUGCACGCUUCGUCGGUGUCGUCCGUUAACGAGAAUUUCUUGAAGAUGUUCGAAGGUCAGCAGACUCCCGUUGACCCGUGUUACGAUGAAGACCGGCCUCGGCGAUGCAUUCCAGAUUUCGUUAAUGCCGCUUUCGGGGUUCCAGUGAAAGCUUCUUCGACUUGCGGACUUCAUAUCCCAGUGCAUUAUUGUGAAGCCCCCGAACCCGGUGCCAACCCUCAAUGUCAUUUGUGCGACGAUCGGCAAGCGAAGACAAGAUUCCCGGCGACAUACCUUACGGACCUCAACAAUCCACAGAACGUUACCUGCUGGAGAUCUGAACCUAUACCACCUGUUACUUCCAUCAAUGCACCUCCAGAUAACGUUACUUUAACUUUGAGUCUAGGAAAGAAGUACGAACUAACUUACGUCAGUCUUCAGUUUUGUCCUAAUACUCCGAAACCAGACUCGAUUGCUAUAUAUAAAAGUAUGGACUAUGGUAAGACUUGGCAACCCUUUCAGUUCUAUUCAUCACAGUGCAGAAGAGUCUACGGUAGACCAAACAGAGCUACAAUUACAAAAACUAACGAACAGGAAGCUAGAUGUACAGAUGCCCAUCGUUAUACAGGUGGUGAUAUGGGAAAUUUCGGUCAAACUUCUAGGAUUGCUUUCAGUACUUUAGAAGGUAGACCCAGCGCAACAGAUUUUGACAACAGUCCAGUUUUGCAAGAUUGGGUAACUGCUACUGAUAUUAAAGUAGUGUUCAACCGUCUUCAUAUGCCAAUUGAAGAUUCUUCAGACACAUUGGAUAUCUUGGUUGAUGAACGCAUGCUGCACAAGCAUUUGGAAGAACACCAGGAAAUCAAAGAACCCUCUGUGCAGUUAGUUAACGAGAUGCAAGCAGUGGAUAAUGAAGAAGCAAUCAACCCCAAAUCAGCUGUGACUCCGGAUCUAGGAACUAAUAUAAUCGUGACCGGUUAUCAUCAAGUAACUCAUCAAUACGCGGUGUCGGAUUUUGCAGUUGGUGGUAGAUGUAAGUGUAAUGGGCAUGCAAGUCGAUGUAUUGCGGGUCGUGAUGGACAAUUGGCUUGUGAAUGUAAACAUAACACGGCGGGUAGAGACUGUGAAAGAUGUAAGCCUUUUCAUUUUGAUCGACCCUGGGGCAGAGCUACCACAAGAGACGCCAACGAAUGCAAAGGUAGGAACAAUUUUACAUAA